AUGUUUCUAAAGACUAUCGGACUGUUUAUGGCGACUAAAGUGAUUUUCCAAACGGGAAACUGUACAUUCAAACAUGAUGUAUUCUCCAAUUUUUCAAUGGAAAUAAUUAAUAGUAAGGUCAAAAUUGAUAUAUAUCUAGUAGGUGUACUGAAGGAAGGGCUUAAGGGUCAUCUUAGUUUUGAAGUUCGCCAGUCCAAAAGCACAUCGUAUCAGAGCGUAUUUCAGCAUGAUAUCAACUACUGUGCUCUGCUCAAAGGGUCCCAGAACUCCAUUUAUAGUCGCUGGUACAACAGCAUGCUGAAAACCGGAAACUUUGCCCGAAGCUGUCCCAUAUAUCCGGGCUAUUACUAUAUACAGGACUGGGAGUUAAAAGACGAUCUGGUGCCAACUUUUUUGUUCUUCGGAGAUUAUCGAAUUGCGGCUAGUUUCUACUAUGGAAAGUACUCGAAAAGAAAUAAGCUUCUGGUGGAAUGUUUAAUAGAAGCGUUACUGUCUUAA